ACUUGAGCAUGGCCAACUCCAAGGAUGGCUCUUGGGAGAAAGGGUAUGGGUGUCUGGAGAUACCGCGUAUGCUCGUCCGGGUCGCUAAGGGAGAGGACUAGCAUGUCGAAAAAUGCGCCGCACAUCUCUAGUCUCAAGAAGCUAGAGUGCGCUUUCUCUGCCAUUCUUAUUCUCAGUCAAGCCGAGAUGCAGUGCGAGCACCAUGCACAGCACACAUCUAAGAGUGCCGAAACGCAAGAUUAGCACGGGUCUGAUGGCCAUCGAUGGCGUUGCCCUUGUACAGCGCUGGCGAACGGGCCUAAGCGCGGCUCGUGUCGAGGUGCUUGCCGCCGCUCAGGGCGGCAGGGCCGACG